AUGUCCGUCUGCUCCAGCAACAUGAGCUACGGCAGCAACGUCUGCAUGCCAGGCUCCUGUGACCCCUGCCCCGACUCCUGGCAGGUGGACGACUGCCCAGAGAGCUGCUGCGAGCCCCCCUGCUGCGCCCCCAGCUGCUGCGCCCCAGCCCCCUCCGUGACCCUCGUCUGCACCCCAGGGAGCUGCCAGUCAGUGUGCACCAGCUCCUGCACGCCCCUGUGCUGCCAGCAGUCUAGCUGCCAGCCGUCCUGCUGCUCCUCCAACCCCUGCCAGCAGCCCAGCCGUGUGACCCUCUGCUGCAAGCCUGUCUCCUGUGUGCCCGUCUCCUGUGUGCCCGUCUCCUGUGUGCCCAUCUGCUCUGGGGACUCCUCCUCCUGCUGCCAGCAGUCUAGCUGCCAGCAGCCCAGCCGUGUGACCCUCUGCUGUAAGCCUGUGAGCUGUGUGCCCGUCUCCUGUGUCCCCUCCCCCUGCCAGCAGCCCAGCCGUGUGACCCUCUGCUGCGAGCCUGUGAGCUAUGUGCCUGUCUCCUGUGUGCCCGUUUGCUCUGGGACCUCCUCCCCCUGCUGCCAGCAGUCCAGCUGCCAGCCGUCCUGCUGCCCCUCGUCCUGCUGCAGACCCUCCUCCUGCGUGUCCCUGCUCUGCCGCCCCGUGUGCAGGCCCGCCUGCUGCGUGUCCGCCCCCUCCUGCCAGCCCAGCUGCUGCCGCCCGGCCUCCUGCGUGUCCCUGCUCUGCCGCCCGGCCUGCUCCCGCCCCGCCUGCUGCGGCCUCUCCUCGGGACAGUCCUGCUGCUGA